AUGCCUCCAAAGAAGUUUAAAGAUUUAAACUCUUUCCUUGACGAUCAGCCAACGGAUCCAAACCUCGUCGCCUCUCCAUUUGGUGGUUACUUUAAAAACCCUGCUGCUGAUUCUAACAAUAAUAAGGCUUUCAACCAAAAUAGUUACCAACAACAACGUAAUUGGAAACAGGGUGGUAACUACCAGAAUGCUUAUCAGCAACAAGGCAGUUAUCAGUCGUACAACAAUAACUACAAUAACUACAAUAACUAUAAUAAGUACAAUAACCAAAGUUAUCAAAAAACUAGUUAUAAACAGUCAGCUGUAACGCCUAACCAAAGCGGGACACCAACACCAUCUGCCUCUACUACAUCAUUGACCUCUCUGAAUGAAAAAUUGUCAAACUUAGAGUUAACACCCAUCUCUCAAUUCUUGGCAAAAAUACCUGAGUCUCAAAGUAUCACUGAAUGUAAGAAUCAAAUCAAACUCAUCAUUGAAGAAUUUGGCAAAGAAGGUAACAGCACAGGUAAAAAAAUUGAAGAAUGGAAAAUCGUUGAUGUUUUAUCUAGAUUCAUCAAGCCUAAGAAUCCGUCAUUAGUCAGAGAGUCUGCCAUGCUGAUCAUUUCUAACAUUGCUCAAUUUUUCAACGGAAAACCUCCACAGGAGGCUUACUUGCUCCCAUUUUUCAAUGUCGCUCUUGACUGCACUUCUGAUAAAGAAAACACCGUCAAACGCGCAGCUCAGCAUGCUAUUGACUCUUUGUUGAAUUGCUUUCCAAUGGAAGCUCUAACCUGCAUUGUUUUGCCAACAAUUCUAAAUUUCUUAUCAUCUGGUGCCAAAUGGCAAGCUAAGAUGGCUGCUUUGACUGUCAUAGAUAGAAUAAGAGAAGAUUCGGCGAACGAUUUAUUGGAAAUAACUUUCAAAGAUGCUGUUCCAGUUCUGACCGACGUGGCUACCGAUUUCAAACCAGAAUUGGCUAAACAAGGUUACAAAACAUUAUUGGACUACGUUUCUAUUCUAGAUAAUUUGGAUUUGUCUCCUCGUUAUAAACUGAUCGUCGACACUCUACAAGAUCCAUCUAAAGUUCCUGAAUCUGUAAAGUCGUUAUCCAGCGUUACAUUUGUCGCUGAAGUCACCGAACCAUCUCUUUCUUUAUUAGUUCCCAUUUUGAACAGAUCUUUGAAUCUAUCUUCAUCAUCUCAAGAACAAUUAAGACAAACUGUUAUUGUCGUGGAGAAUUUGACAAGGUUAGUAAAUAAUCGUAAUGAAAUUGAAAGCUUCAUCCCUCUACUACUGCCUGGUAUCCAAAAGGUUGUUGACACUGCCUCGUUACCAGAAGUCCGUGAAUUAGCUGAAAAGGCUCUUAAUGUUUUAAGAGAAGAUGACGAGACUGAUAAAGAGAACAAAUUCUCGGGCAGACUGACUUUACAAGAAGGUAGAGAUUUCUUACUUGACCAUCUCAAAGACAUUAAGGCCGACGAUUCCUGUUAUAUCAAGCCCUGCAUGAAUGACGAAAUAGUAGUUAAUUACAUGAGCCAAAUUCUGACCGUAGACUCUAAUGUUAAUGACUGGAAAAGAUUGGAAGAUUUUUUAAUAGCUGUUUUUGGUGGUUCAGAUUCUCAAAGAGAAUUUGUUCAACAGGAUUUUAUCCAUAACUUGAGAGCCUUAUUUUAUCAAGAAAAGGAAAGCACAGAUGAGGAUGAAGGUAUCGAAAUUGUCAACACUGAUUUCUCCUUAGCUUAUGGUUCAAGAAUGUUAUUGAACAAAACAAACCUGCGUCUAUUAAAAGGUCAUCGUUACGGUUUAUGUGGUAGGAAUGGUGCUGGUAAAUCUACUUUGAUGAGAGCCAUCGCUAAUGGUCAACUAGAUGGAUUUCCAGAUAAGGAUACAUUACGUACUUGUUUCGUUGAACAUAAAUUACAAGGUGAAGAAGGGGACCUAGACUUGGUUUCCUUCAUUGCUCUAGAUGAGGAAUUGCAAUCUACUUCUCGUGAAGAAAUUGCAAAAGCUUUGGAAUCUGUCGGUUUUGACGAAGAAAGAAGAGCUCAAACUGUCGGGUCCUUAUCCGGUGGUUGGAAAAUGAAGCUGGAGUUGGCAAGAGCCAUGCUACAAAGGGCCGAUAUUUUAUUGCUGGAUGAACCUACUAAUCAUUUAGAUGUCUCGAAUGUCAAGUGGUUAGAAGAAUAUUUGCUGGAACACACCGAUAUUACAUCAUUAAUAGUUUCUCAUGACUCUGGUUUCUUGGACAUAGUUUGUACUGACAUUAUCCAUUAUGAAAACAAGAAAUUGGCUUACUACAAGGGUAAUUUGGCUGCGUUUGUUGAGCAGAAACCCGAAGCUAAAUCAUAUUAUACAUUGACUGACUCUAACGCUCAAAUGCGCUUUCCACCUCCAGGUAUUCUAACAGGGGUUAAGUCUAAUACUAGGGCGGUCGCCAAGAUGACUGAUGUUACUUUCGCUUAUCCAGGUGCUCAAAAACCUUCCCUAAGUCAUGUCACUUGUUCGUUGUCUCUGUCUUCUCGUGUGGCUUGUUUAGGUCCAAAUGGGGCUGGUAAAUCCACUUUAAUCAAGUUAUUAACUGGUGAAUUGGUUCCAAAUGAAGGUAAGGUGGAAAAACAUCCAAAUUUACGUAUUGGUUAUAUUGCUCAGCACGCAUUGCAACAUGUGAACGAACACAAAGAAAAGACGGCUAAUCAAUAUUUACAAUGGCGUUAUCAAUUUGGUGAUGACCGUGAAGUCUUAUUGAAGGAAUCUAGAAAAAUCUCUGAAGAUGAAAAGGAAAUGAUGACGAAGGAAAUUGAUAUUGAUGAUGGUAGAGGCAAGAGAGCCAUUGAAGCCAUUGUCGGUAGACAAAAAUUGAAGAAGUCUUUCCAAUAUGAAGUCAAAUGGAAGUACUGGAAACCAAAGUACAAUUCCUGGGUUCCAAAAGAUGUCUUAGUUGAACAUGGUUUUGAAAAAUUGGUUCAGAAGUUCGACGAUCACGAAGCUUCUAGAGAAGGUUUGGGCUACCGUCAAUUGAUUCCUUCAGUAAUUACCAAGCACUUCGAAGAUGUUGGUCUUGACUCCGAGAUUGCUAAUCACACUCCAUUAGGUUCUCUAUCUGGUGGUCAAUUAGUAAAAGUUGUUAUUGCGGGUGCUAUGUGGAAUAAUCCUCAUUUGCUUGUUUUGGAUGAACCUACCAAUUAUUUGGACAGAGAUUCUCUUGGUGCCUUAGCUGUUGCUAUUCGUGACUGGAGUGGUGGUGUUGUCAUGAUUUCACAUAAUAAUGAAUUUGUUGGUGCUUUAUGUCCAGAACAAUGGAUUGUUGAGAACGGUAAAAUGGUUCAAAAGGGUACGGCACAAGUUGAUCAAUCUAAAUUUGAAGAUGGUGGUAAUGCUGAUGCUGUUGGCUUAAAAGCCGCUAACUUGACCAAACCAUCUGUUGAUGACGAUGAUUCCCCGGCUAAUAUCAAGGUUAAGCAAAGAAAGAAAAGAUUAACAAGAAAUGAAAAGAAGUUGCAAGCUGAACGUCGUCGUCUGCGUUAUAUCGAAUGGUUAUCGUCUCCAAAAGGUACACCAAAACCAGUCGAUACUGACGAUGAAGAAGAUUGA